CCGCCAACCAUGCACGUCGCGGGUAAAAAGUGUGCCUUCAAACCCACCCACCGACUGCCUUUUCAACAAUUCUAACGCACCUCUGGAGAUGACUUGAAACAAUGGCCGAAAACGUGAAAGUGAUUGUGAGAUGUCGGCCCAUGAACAAGAAGGAGCAGGACUUGAACUGCCAGUGUGUGGUGAAGAUGAAGAACUGCGUUGUCGAAACGUGGGAUCCGGGGGAGGGCCCUUCGUUUCCGAAGCAGUUCACGUUCGACUCCACGUACGACCAGGAUUCGAACACGGAGAACAUCUACAACGAUAUUUGCUACCCCCUGGUUGAGAGUGUCCUGGAGGGCUACAACGCCACCAUCUUCGUCUAUGGCCAAACCGGCUGCGGCAAAUCGCACACGAUGGAGGGCUGCAAGACCGGAGAUAACCCCGAAAAAGGCGUCAUCUCCCGGGCCUUCGAGCACGUCUUUGAAGCCAUCGCUGUAACCACUGGUGUCAAGUACCUAGCCCUCAUCAGUUACCUAGAGAUCUACAACGAGCAAAUCCGAGACUUGUUAGUGCCGAGCGACAAAGUUACCUCAAACAUCAACCUGAAGGAGAGUCCGACGGAAGGGGUCACAGUGCCCGGGUUGACCACGCACCCUGUACAUAACGCAGCCGAAUGCGAGCACUUUCUCAACUUAGGGUCGAAAAAUCGAAUAAUUGGGGCGACCUUAAUGAACCAGAAUAGUUCGAGGUCGCACAGUAUCUUCACGAUAAGUAUAGAGCAAAUUACGAACAUUAACAAUAAUGAGAGUUUGAAGAAAGGGAAGUUGAAUUUGGUGGACUUGGCAGGGUCGGAGAGGCAGGCCAAAACUGGGGCAACGGGUGAUCGGUUGAAAGAAGCCACGAAGAUUAAUUUGUCUUUGAGUGCUUUGGGGAACGUCAUUUCGGCUUUGGUGGAUGGAAAAGCCAAACAUAUACCUUAUAGGGAUUCUAAAUUAACUAGGCUGCUACAGGAUUCUUUAGGAGGUAACACGAGGACUUUGAUGAUAGCUUGUGUAAGUCCGUCGAGUAGAGACUACGUUGAAACCUUGUCGACCCUCAGGUACGCCAACCGAGCCAAAAACAUCCACAACAAACCACGAGUCAAUGAAGACCCCAAAGACACGAUUUUGCGUCAAUACCAAGAAGAAAUCGAACGACUGAAGAAACUUCUAGGUAACCAACAACUCAAAAUCGAAGAUGUUUCGUUCGACGAGGACGAACAAAAGGAAGUGGUUCAAGACAAUACCGACUUAGACGCAAAACGCGACCGCCUAAUCCACGAGUACCAACAAGAGAUGGAAAAGUUGAAGAACCUCCACCAGAACGAAAAGAACGAAAAAGAAAACGUCCUUAAACAAAUCCAACUAAUCAAGGAAGAGUACGAAGAGAACAUCCAAAAACUGAACAGCGAGAUCCAAGACAAAAAGCAGAAGGAGCUUUGCAGCAAAGAAGAAAUCCUCAGUCGGAUCGAAGCACUGAAGAAAUCGAUGAUCGGAGGUGAGAAAGCCAACGACCAAGAACUCUCCGAGAGGCGAAAACGGAAGAAACUGGCCGCCGAAAAACGCGCCAGCGUUAUUGCUCAUCUGUUAGCCAAAAUCGACAUGAACGAAGACCGCGAGAUCCUCCACAACCAAUACAAAGACAUCAGUCACGAGCUCAACCUCAAGACUGAAGCACUACGAAGAUAUCGCCACAAAGUCAAAACCCUCGAAAAGGAAAUCUCAGACAUACAGAGCGAAUUUGAAACCGAACGUCAAGACUAUCUCGAAACUAUAAGAAAGCAAGACCAAAACAUCAAACUCUUGUCACAGAUUUGCGACAAAAUCGCUGGUACUUUAAAAAAAGAGUGCAACUACAGCGAUUUGGAGGUCGUCAAAGAGCAAGCAGUGUGGCAGGAGGACGCCCAGAAGUACAAGCUCCCGGAACUCAUCACCCCCCGCACCAAACUCCCCCCCGCAGGACAAAGUAGUCGAAUGUCGCCAGUGGUGACCGAGGUAAGGCUAGGGGUAGAGAUUAGCGGAGAGGGGGAAAAUGUGGGUGAUGGUAAUUGCUGGAUUUGUCUCCAGAAACUGGAAAAGUCCGAGGAAGAGGAUAUUAUAGGGAGCUACUUUACCCCGACGACGAAGAGGGCGGCGGAACUGUUAAGUCAGUCGUCGCGGCUAGAUGCCAAUCGAGUUUUCAACACCUGGAGAGGGCAUAUGACGUUUACAGAUUUCGCCAGGCGGAGCAAGCCGAAAGCGACCGACGACCACGAGGGAGGUCGUCCCGGGAGACCACCUAAUUUGAGCGGCAGCUUCAAUAACUUGUGGUUGAAUGGAUCGUCAGACGGGAAUUCGAGAAAACCUCUUCGUCUGGAAGCGUUGCCAAACAUCGAUAGACAUCGUAGCAGAAACCAAAGACUAAACAGCUUAGAUAUUUUGUAACAUACAAUUAAAUAAAUUGUAAUUAUAGGUAGUUUGAUAUGUUUAACAGUUUGACCGACUCAAAUGUUAUUGGUUUGUGAAUUGUUGACAGCUAUGGAAGUUUACACCAAUUUUGAAAUUCUGUUGUGAUAUAUGAUGUUACAGAGUGUAUGUUUCUAUAUCAAAUGACCAAUACCCAA